AUGCUGGGAGCCGUCUGUCUCGUCGUGCUGCUGGGCUACGGUCACACAGCCUACGGAUGCGGUCAGCCGACCGUGCCACCACAGCUGAGCUCCCGCGUGGUGGGCGGUGAAGACGCUGUAGCCCACAGCUGGCCAUGGCAGAUCUCACUGCAGUACAGCCGCUCUGGAUCCUGGAACCACUAUUGCGGUGGGAGCCUCAUUGCCCCCCGGUGGGUGAUGACAGCUGCCCACUGCAUCAGCUCUUCCCUGAACUACCGUGUGGCGCUGGGCCGGCAGGACGUGUCAGAGGCUGACGAACCUGGUUCUGUGGCCGUGGCUGUGGAGAAGAUCAUCGUCCAUGAGGAUUGGGACGACUACUACGUUCGCAACGACAUUGCCCUGAUCAAGCUGGCAGAGGAGGUGCAGGAGACUGACACCAUCCGUAUUGCCUGCCUGCCAGCUGCUGACAAGAUCCUGCCCAACGACUACCCCUGCUAUGUCACCGGCUGGGGAAGCAUGAGGACCAACGGGCCCCUGGCCACCAUCCUGCAGCAGGCUCUGCUGCCCGUGGUGGACUAUGAGACCUGCUCCAAGUGGGACUGGUGGGGCAGCACUGUAAAGAAGACCAUGGUGUGCGCCGGCGGCGAUGAUGUCAGAUCUGCAUGCAAUGGUGAUUCUGGGGGCCCCCUGAACUGCCAGCGCGACGAUGGGAUCUGGGAGGUUGAGGGCAUCGCCAGCUUUGUCUCCAGCCGGGGCUGCAACACAAACAAGAAGCCGACAGUCUUCACCCGGGUGUCCGCCUACAUCGACUGGAUCAACGAGAAAAUGAGCACAAACUGAGGACGCAGCAUUGUGGAGAUACCACUGCUGAUCAAAAUAAAAGCAAAAAACGCUGA